ACAUACCAGAGGCAGACAUUUAGCGAAUAUUAUUUGUCGCUAGGUAACCAGCUGUAUGUUUACAAUUAGCUUUGUGCACAGUAGUGUUUACGUUUUCCUCUAAGGUUUGAUAAGCAAUUAGAAACAAAUAUGAUGUAUAUAUAUGAAUCAUUAUCACGUAAAUUACCGUAUAUAUAUAGAUAAUCGUGAAGCGACAACUUGGAUUCCAGUUUAUGUUAUUGUUAUCGUUACUAUAGUGUUAGUACAGCAGUUUUACGAGUUAAAUUCGUAACGUUACUCGUUAGGCACCUAACUUAUCAUCCAUAUUCAAAAUAUACCUAGUCCCUUUUAAUUUAGAUUUAUAAGCUGGCGAAUUUGUGGCAACGUUUUAAAGAACAAGAGCAAUAUAUAUAUAUACAUGUAUAUAUAUACAGAGAGAGAGAGAGGUUGCAAUUAAGAAGGAGACACCGUAAAAAAGUAAGCAACAGCCAGUGACUUCUUCAGUAGGCGAUACGUGAAAACAAACCAUGUGUUGUGUUUCAUUAUGAGUAGUUCUGAGACUGCCAGAAGUGUUCGCUUUCCCAACGCAUCAUCUGCACUAAAUGUUAGUGAGGUAGUUUCACCUUUCCAAAAAUAUUUCUCCUCACGUCGUGUACAAACCUGGUCCGGAGUCAACGACUUUGAUCGCUAUCCAAAACCCCUUCGUUGUGAUCGUCUUCAGAGAUUGCCUCCAACUCGCAGUUCUGCCAGAAAGUCCUGCUCAACAGAUGAACUGAAUUUUAGUUUAUUGUCUAAGUUUUUUACAAGUGAUAUGGGAAAAGAAAUGGAUCUGAAUCAGAAAGUUCAUCAACUAGAAAAAAGUCUAGUCUUUAUCACAGAAGAACAUGUCUCGGUGCUUAAGAAACUACACGAAGAACUAACAGAACUUAAAAAUAAAAACCAAGAACUACAGUUUGAUAUUACCAUGGGUACAGGAACAGGAUACAAGAGGUCAGGUAACAGAGAGGAUACUUGUUGCUCAGAAAACAAAGUAAAGACUGAGAAAUUGGAAAAAGAAAUAAAUAAGUUGCGUGCUGCAUUAAGAGAAGCACUGAAGUCCAAUACCAUCCUGAUUACUCAGGUAGAACUGUUGAAAAGAGAGCAGUAUUUAAACUCUGGUUCUGUGCCUUUGGUUCCUUACCAACCAAUUCAGUUUGAAUCUUGUCCUGAAGGGAUGAGCAGAGCUCCUACACCUUCUGGACCAUCUCCCAAGAUUGAUGAAUAUAGAGAUACUAUCUAUCAGAUUGACCAAGCAAGUACUAGAUCUAGAGUUAGCAGUGAUCAUAUAAGUGCCCAAAAGGGGGAUAGGCCUGGCCAUGUUGACAAAAGAGAAAGACAUAACCAACAAAAUCAAAUUCAAAGACUUCCUAGGUUACCCCUCAGAAAUCAUGUAAACAUGCCUCCUCAACAGUAUGAGCUACACUGUCGGAGAAAAGGUUCAGCCGACUUACCUGCUCUAAAACAAGAAGUAAUUCCUAUAAUCAACAGAGCUGAAAAAUCUAGAAAAAACAAAAGCAACCCCAGACCUCGAGUGUCAAAUGCUCCUCAUCAGUAACGUAUUGAUUUAGCUGUUUCAGGGUUACCUUUGGAAGAAUGGAAACAGCAACCUUCAUGAAAAACAAUUCGCAUUUCGAGAAACAAAGUAUGCUCUGUAUUUCUUUUUCUUGCACAUAAGCACACAUUUCAGACACUACCCAGCUCAAAUGUGAUUUAUUUUGUAUUUUUUAAAAGAAUUCGUUAUACAUUUUUAAAAUACUUAAACGGAAUAUUUAUUUUAUGAAAAGGAAAUUAUGUUUUAUAAAAUGGUCUUAUAACUUUUUUUCUUCUAAUUGUUAUGUUGUGAUACUAUGUUAAAGAGGAGUUAUAGUGUGAACCAGUUUCGAGUAAGAGGUGUUUUUUUUUAUAUCGUAUAUUAUUAUCUUAUGUGUUUAAUUUCAGUGCUUUGUUGGGCAAGUUGUAUUUUGGGCUAAGGUUGUUUCGAAAUUUGAUCGCAAAACAUUGAUUCAAGUUAGAGCAAUAAGUAACUUAGAAGUGUGUAAAAAAUAGUUUUUGUGAUGUUAGAUUUUUAUCGAGUGCUACAUUAAAUGGGACUUGAUUAUCAAAAGAAGUUGUAGAAUCAUAAUAAUUCUUGAUAUUAAGUUAAUGCAGAAUGAUAUAUCGAUAAUGCUAUGUAUGAUAGUGAUAUGGAGUUGAAUAUAUGCAGCUAGUAAAAAUAUCAGCUAAUAUAUUCGAUGUAAAAUUUCUUCAAAUAAUGAAAAAAAUAAGUGUUGCCGGUUAUAUCUGUUGCUUUUCUUAUUGCAACGGGCUGUCACUGGAGGUUUACCAGCUGAGUGAUGUAUUUAAAACUUCAUUAUGUUGCAAAAUCAAAUAAGUGUGUAAAAAAAUAAUUUAGUAAAUAUUAAUCCCUAACAAUCUAUGGUAAAGAUGCUAAAGUUUAGCAAAUAUUAAUCCCUAAUAAUCUCUGGUAAAGAUGCUAAAGUUUAGCAAAUAUUAAUCCCUAAUAAUCUCUGGUAAAGAUGCUAAAGUUUAGCAAAUAUUAAUCCCUAAUAAUCUCUGGUAAAGAUGCUAAAGUUUAGGUUGUAGAGUCUAUUGUUAGUUCAUAGUACCUAUAAAUGUAGAUUGUAAUGAUAUCGUAGGAAUUAUCUUAGGUAAUUUUAAUAACUUACAGGAAUAUUGUUGUUUUUGUUGGGCAGGCUUGACUACUGUUGAUUAUGGGCUAAUCUAUAUUUAUUUUAGAAGCUCAAAUAAAAUAACCACAGUUCCUUUAGAGAAUAACAAGCACCUUGAACACUUGUAUAUUUUGUUUCCAUGAUGUUAUAUGAGUCACUAAAAACUUUUUAUAUAUUCCUGUUGCUUGUUAGUAAGCUAGGCUCUCUUUCCUGGCAUGGCGUAGGGCUUCUCAAAGGAUUUUUAAAGCGAUUGAGAAAAAAAAAGACAAAUACAGA